AGUGCAAAAUCUUGACUCAAUUGUACGUGUCGCAGACCGCGAUCUACCGGUGGUCAAUACCAGAGGCGACGUACUCUUCAACUCGUGGAAGGGCAUCUUUAAUGGUCAAGGUGGCUUCUUCUCACAAGCGCCGCGCAUUUACAGUUUUAGCGGCAAAAAUGUCCUAACAGAUCCAUUGUGGCCACAAAAGCACGUUUGGCAUGGCUCACUACCCAACGGUGAGCGUUCAAUUGACACAUAUUGUGACGCCUGGCAUUCGGGCUCCAGAGAUAAGUUCGGUUAUGCCAGUAAUUUACUGGGGAACAAAUUGCUCGACCAGGAGCGCCAAACUUGCGAUAGCAAAUUAAUUGUGCUGUGCGUGGAGGCGUUGUCGCAGGAUAGAAGGCGAAAACGCGAUAUCAGCGACAGCGAACCUGUGUUCCAUACGGCGGAAGCAUAUGCGCGCCACCUCAAAGAGGUGUUAACUUGAAAUUCCGACUAUCGCGCCCUUGUGCCACGAAAGCGUGCCGGACGAGGGCAUUUGUUGUGGCUACAAUCAGUACAUCAUCAACAUCAACCAGUCAAAACUAAGCAACUUCAUCAGCAACAAAAACAAUAAAAAA